CUCCAGUACAAAACACAACACAGCUGAUCCUUCCCUACCCACGGGCCCACGAGGCCUUAUUCCCAGAUAUCAUCUUCAUGGCCUGACCUCACACAACGCCUCUCUUCUCCACGGCCGCUCCUCAGCCUCGCCACCUCACCAAGACACAGUUCACCAACACAAUGUCUGACGCAAGAUUUAAUUUCGCUCGGUCAGUGCUGGAGAAAUAUGGGUGGAGUGAAGGUAAAGGGUUAGGUCGAGAGGAGAAAGGUAUCACUGAGGCCAUCAAGCCCAAGUUGAAGUUCAACAGUACAGGCCUGGGCUAUGACAUGGGUGAGCAGUUCAAGUUCCAGUGGUGGGACCAUGUGUUCAACAAGGCAGUCGACAAUAUUACAGUCACAAAAGAUCAGAGUGGUUUUGUGGAAGUCAAUCAGAAACAAAGUUUGGAGGUGAGCACCAAGAGACCAUCAAGAAACAACACCAAGUCUAAGUUUUAUGGAGGCUUUGUGAAGGGAGGAACUCUGGUCGGACAAGCACAGACACAUGAAUUGGACACCAGUGAUGAGGAACAAGAGAAGGACAAAUCUCUAAGGCUGUCAGAUGAGCAGCUAUUAAAGCUUUGUAAAGGACGCACAGCUCACAAGGGAGCUCGCCAUGGACUGAAUAUGACAGCCAAGCUUGCCCGAGUGAGGGAGCAGGAACUGUUGCUGCUGCAGGAGUGGGGUGCAGCAGACUCACAAGUACAGCAAGAUGAAGUGCAGCCAAAGAAGAAGAAAAGGAAAUCCAGCAAGAACAAAGAUGUUCAAGCUGUAACUUGUGUUGAUGGAUCAGAACCAGAGAAUUGUGUUGAACAUACAAAGAAGCAGAAAAGUAAAAGAAAGAAAGAUGAAGGAAAGGAUGAGUGUGCAGCAGUAGAGGACAAACAAGAGACUUAUGAAUCAAAUCCAGUAAAAAAGAAAAAGAAAAAGCACAAAACAGAAGUAACUGAUCCAUGCACUGCAGAAGUCUAUGUCACCACCACAAAACAAAAGAAAAAGAAGAAAAAGAAAAAAGAUUGUAAUGAAUAACUACAUAGUUUACCAUAAAUUAUGAGAAAAUGGCUUUUCCUUUUAAAUUGAAUGAUCUAAAA